AUUGACUAAACCGAGGACGUUUACUUUGUGCUACUGGAGAUUUCACCCGGGAGGUAUUCUUCGUGUAUCAUACCUGGUAUCAUAUAAGGUAAGCAUGGAUUGAGAUUCAACUAAUUGCUGAAGAUAAUUAUAUACUCUAAAGAGUUAUUUCAUUCCGUCAACCCGAAUAGAUGCACAUUCAGUCAAGCAAUAACACAAUAACUUAUAACGCGGACAGUCUGAUCAAACACGACUAUCUUGGUGCUGUUAGCUGGCGCGAUAGCCAGCUCUUUUAAUCUGCAAUCACGAGCACGUAGUGUCUACCCAGUGAGUGUGAGCAUUCAUGGUGUAGUGUUGAAAGAUUUUCUCUAAAUCACUGCCCUCUAAGUUACCUUACAAAAUAAACUGUCAAUUUAUCCUUCUUGAACUUUUCUGGCUUUACAUUCAGCAAAACAAAAACAAAUAAGGCGACAGAUGGCCAAAGUAUGCCUUGUUAUAUAACCUAUUUCUCCUUUUUGUAAAGAAAAUUCAGUAGCCGAUGUUAACAGCGAAAAAUGUAAACGUCAGUUGACUAGAUUGCCGUUAAGCUGUAGCCUCCCUGUAAGCUUCGCGGCGUGAUCGAAUCCACCGAAUUACUCUUGUCAUUUUUGCAUAAUUGUAACUUAUCCUCGGCGAGGCCCUAAACGAACAUUCCGAUGUGUCUACGAGUCUUUUUAAUUGGCAACAACAAGGCGUGUCAUACUUUCUUUGCCGUGAUUUUUUUUGUCGUGACAUAAGUUAAUCCUUCCUGUUCGGACCUUGGUGUUGUAAGCUCUUAUUCUUCCUUGAUUAUCAAAAAUAUUGCCGAACUAUUUCCUUGUUAAGAGAUGUGUUCAGCAGAUCAUGACAUUCAGAAGAAUCCUUAGAAGCUAAAAUUAUUACCAAAGUAAUUAAAAACCCAAAACGUAAAGAAGAGUUUGAUGUUGAUACUUCAAAACAUUAAAUUAUUAUGACACCCAUGAUCACGCAAAGUAUUAAGCCAUUGCGUACUGAAGAGUCUGCAAAACUCUAUGCCACUAUUUCUUCCAAAACAAAUGAUUCGUUUGUAUCAGAAUAUGAAUUGCAAAUUACUUAAGUAACUAGUUAAGGCUGCUCGAUGGGUUUUUUCAACUGCCUGACUACCGAUUGUCAGGUAAUAUAUCAAACAUGCAUGAGACGCAGUGUUUCAUCACCAGAUGAAACACUGAGAAGAGAGUUGAAUUUACGACGCUCAGCUAGCGUAGUAUUUUUGACGAACUUCGAGGUGUUUCAUCUGGUGAUGAAACACUCUGUCGAAUGCCUGAUACUACUUCUCAAACAAAACGAUUUUAGACGGAGAAAUUAAGGAUUCAAAAAUGAGCAGUUUUUCAACCGAUUUCCAAACACUCAUUAAACAUAAAUUUUCUUUGUAUUUAUUUAUGAAUUAUUGUUUUGUUUGAAGUUUUGUUAAUUGGUAUUGGUGCCGAAAGAAACUCUUAAGAAGAAUCGCUUAAAAGUAUGAAUACAUUGUACUGUUCAUCAUGGGUAGCACUAUGGCCAGGAUAGACGUGAAAGACGUGUGAGCGCUGCCCGAGUAAUGCCAGAUGACUGUGUGAAUCAUGCAUAAGCGACCGUCGAUAAUUUACGCAGUGAUUACUCAUCGGAAGAAACUAUUGGCUGUAAAAAUAAAUUGCGUUUCAGAAACCGGACGUGAUUUAACCUGAACGACUGCAACCUAUAUAUUUUCUUUAUAUUAAUUUUCUAUUAAAUGUGUUUGGUGAAAUCACAGGUAAAAAAUGUUGAACAUUUGCUUUAGUGAGAGGUAAUUGUAAAUCUUACGGAAAUCACACUAGUUAUCACAGUGCAACAACUGUUGGCAUUUUGCAAUCGUUCCAAUAUGAAAAACGUUUCGUUUCAGCUUAUUCAGACGCACUGACUACAUAAUCAAAAUCCUCACCUCGCUUAAGCAAUGCAUUCUUAGCGUCCGCAUCCUCCCUUCUUGUUCUUUAAUAUUCAAAAACGCUUUCACUUUCAUUAAUAUCGAAGGUCGGCAACGGCCGAUAUCACCUCGGUAGUCAAAGGAUUGAGGUCGCGCGAUGAAAAUACAAAAGCAAAACCAGCAAGUUUUUCCAUUAAGUUUGAUCAUUAUCGUCACAUUGUUUCAAAAUCCUGUUCAUUUUACUUCUUCGAGCGGGUAAAUGAAACCGCAUUACCGUACACCAGCUUCAAGAAUGAUCUCAUCUGUGGCAUCUGAUGCUGAACAAUCCCUUAAUGUCGACACUGUAACUUUUUUCUUACAUGGGACGAAGAAGUAAACCGUUUCCUGAAAAACAUAGUAUGCAAUUAUCAAUCAUACACUGUUAUAAAUUAUUCUUCUAGUUGAGCUUCAGGGGCUUUUUUCGUGCUUAUAAAGGCGUUAAGUUUCCAACGGCUAGUACAUUCCUUGUAAUAUGAAUAAUCUGAGAAAAGGAGCAAACAAACAACUCCACAGCUAGACCAAUUAUGUUUGAGCAAAUUGUCUGCCAAAACAACAAGAAAGGUUCAAAUUUCACUGGGCUCAUUCUCUGCCUUUACCUGCGUACAAUUCCACCUUUUUCAAACAUCAGACUAGAAAUAAUCGCGUUGUCGAAUGUUCAUCAACUGGUUGAUUUUUUCGUAAGCGGACGCAAAAAAGGUCUUAGGAAAAUGAUAAUGUUACUAAAAUUAGAGCGAUCGAUCCCAAGCACGAUAAAAUUUUAUCUCGCUAAAGUCACGCAUAUUUCUUAUCAAAACGAAAGCGAGUUGUCGAGUUUUGUUCGACCUCUGCCUCAUGCAGCGAGACAAAAAUGUUGUUUCGCUCUCUCAUGUGAUUCGCUUUUUCCGUUCACGCUGCACAAACCAUUCUGUGGCCUAAAUCCUCCUGCUAAAUCACAACGGAUAAAGUCGAUGGAUAUUUAAUUUCGCGCUGUAUGCCCUGGAGGCGAAAAUUUUCUAUCGGUAAGUUCUCGCUUUUAUUUCAAGAAAUACUUAAAGCAUACUGCUUUUCUCACUGAACGUAUCUCAAAAGUACAUUGCCCGUAAUCUGCAAGGGCUCUGCAACCUUCCGGCAGGGCGUUUGCAGUACAGAAUAGGUUUCGUGAUAGUAGGUGCAAGCGAGAGAUCAAGCGAGAGCAAUUGAGCAGCGAUGCUUACACUGCUUUAACGCUGUUUUAGAAUAUUUGAAAACUGCAACCAUUUCGCAGCGCACAAUUUUUGGCUUCCGCUGCUCGAUGGAUUCGUGAACGCUGCAGAACGGAUGCGUAAGCUCUGUGCAACCAAAAACGGUGAAGUCAUGCAGCGCUCCGCGAUUGCUGCUCGGUUCGUACGGGUUUGCAUAAUUGCAGCUCAUCCACGGCGAGGCCCUAAACGAACAUUCUGAUGUGUCUACGAGUCUUUUUAAUUGGCAACAACAAGGCGUGUCAUGCUUUCUUUGCCGUGAUUUUUUUGUCGUGGCAUAAGUUAAUCCUUCCUGUUCGGACCUUGGUGUUGUAAGCUCUUAUUCUUCCUUGAUUAUCAAAAAUAUUGCCGACCUAUUUCCUUGUUAAGAGAUGUGUUCAGCAGAUCAUGACAUUCAGAAGAAUCCUUAGAAGCUAAAAUUAUUACCAAAGUAAUUAAAAACAAAAAACUUAAAGAAGAGUUUGAUGUUGAUACUUCAAAACAUUAAAUUAUUAUACACCCAUGAUCACGCAAAGUAUUAAGCCAUUGCGUACUGAAGAGUCUGCAAAACUCUAUGUCACUAUUUCUUCCAAAACAAAUGAUUCGUUUGUAUCAGAAUAUGAACUGCAAAUUACUUAAGUAACUAGUUAAGGCUGUUCGAUGGGUUUUUUCAACUGCCUGACUACCGAUUGUCAGGUAAUAUAUCAAACAUGCAUGAGACGCAGUGUUUCAUCACCAGAUGAAACACUAAGAAGAGAGUUGAAUUUACGACGCGCAGCUAGCGGAGUAUUUUUGAUGAACUUCGAGGUGUUUCAUCUGGUGAUGAAACACUGUGUCGAAUGCUUGAUACUACUUCUCAAACAAAAUGAUUUUAGACGGAGAAAUUAAGGAUUCAAAAAUGAGCAGUUUUUCAACCGAUUUCCAAACACUCAUUAAACAUAAAUUUUCUUUGUAUUUAUUUAUGAAUUAUUGAUUUGUUUGAAGUUUUGUUAAUUGGUAUUGGUGCCGAAAGAAACUCUUAAGAAGAAUCGCUUAAAAGUAUGAAUACAUUGUACUGUUCAUCAUGGGUAGCACUAUGGCCAGGAUAGACGUGAAAGACGUGUGAGCGCUGCCCGAGUAAUGCCAGAUGACUGUGUGAAUCAUGCAUAAGCGACCGUCGAUAAUUUACGCAGUGGAUUUUUUUAAACACUUCAAUCAACCUAUGAAAAUCAUUAACGACUCGGCAAAAUGCUCACAAAUUUCUCCCCACUGCAUUAAAAAAAGAACCUGUACAAGGUUUAUUUGAUCUCUUAUAAUUAGAAUUAAAGUCAAAAAGACUACUGCAAAGAUUGAUCAAACAACGUGAAAAAGGCUGAGGUGUACAAUAUUUCGACUGGCCAAUACCAGUCUUUAUCAAGUUUAUUAGGAGAGCCACGAAUACAAAGAAUAUAUACUACUGUAAAAUAAUAAACGGAAGUUACAUGGUAUGGCGGGGAAAGGUGUGGCUGCUAAGAAAAAUAAACCGAAAAAAACAUAAAGCUUAUACAUAAUGAUGACAGUUCGUCACGUUUAUUCAUUCGCAGAGGCUCGAUGGUUUUCGCUUUAUGAAUUAGGCGUGCCUCACGUGCUUUCCAAGACAAUCGCGUCCAUAUCUAAGUGUUUCAAUUGGGAAAAGUAACAUAUGAGAAACUGGGUGACUGUUGCUGAGGAAGUGUUCUGAAACUGCAGUUUGGAUGUAACAACCGGAGGGGUUAAGUACAGGGCGUCUAUGUUCAUUAAAACGGUUCUUUAGGCGGCGUUUGGUUUCCCCAAUAUAUUCCAUAUUACAAAGGCGGCAUUGAAUCAUGUAGAUAACAUUAAAAGUAUUACAAGUAAUGUUAGAUUUGGUUUUGUAGGUUUCACCAGCAGAGUAGAAAGUAUAAUUGUCACGGCAGUGGUCAAUAUAGGGGCAUCUGUUGCAGUUCCUGUUGUUAAAAAGAACCAGGAGUGGCUCAGGCAUUGUUACAAUUACCAGUCUCUGGCAAUUGGGCUUAAACAAGAAUAUCGCUGAAACUGUUAGAACGGCGGUAGCUACUACUGGAAGGUUUUAAAAAAAAUUUCUACAGCGUUCUGAGGACUAGUAGUCAGGUCUCUUAGUGCAAAAUAUAGGCCAAAUAUUUAGACACGUGACAAAAGUGUCAAAUUUGGCACAGAGCUUCCUUAACACCUACUGAUUAAUACUAGAGGGGGUGCCCGUUAGAAACGGUCCUGAUUACAGACAAAAGGGUUUAACUUUUACAUAUAAUAGCAGAUUGGGUUCCCUGUGGUGAGUCCUCUUUUUGUUUGAUUCGGCUGAAAGAACAUUUGUUUCAAAUUCUUUGAGUUUUGAGUUUAGUGAUGUUUAGUUGUUGUUACACUGUUCAAAAUAGUUUUACAUGUGCAUAAUAUUGACUACUGCCCAGUCUCCACACGGUAAGUGUGCCCCUGUUCACUGUGCGGCUAUCAGUGUCACUGGUAAGACUUUUCAGUGAUAAUGUCAUUACAUAUCAAUUCAAAUAGAAGACAAAGCCAGCUUUCAAAGGUGUCAUACAAUAACAUAAAACCCAAACAUAUGACAUCCUACACGACAGAAUCCCAUCUUGGUCAUCAUUUCCCAAAUACGAGGAAAUAUCGUUAAAUUUUGACAUGCCACAUGAACGACCUCGUGAACCGUAACUGACAACGUGCCCACUUUGUAAUUGUGCCGCUUAGAUUAGAUUAUAAUUUUCUUCGCUGGUAACCCCGUCCUUGAGGUAAUAGGGAACCAAAGCAAAGACGUUUUUGAGCGACGCACGUCAACCGUAAGUGGACUUUAUUUAUUCCUGAGCCGUAUUUUUGCCCGAAUUUUCGAACAAAUCGUCUCUAUAAUAAGAAAGAGACUAAGAAGUACAAAUUUGGUAUUGUCAAUUCAUUUUAAAAUGAAAAAGAUCUAAACAUCUCACUUCUAGUCGACGUGCGUCGUGAAAAACAUCUUUGCUUAAGCUUCCUAAUGAUUAAAACAUGCCAACUUCGUCAUCAGGGGGAAAAGGAGGAGAAAGGGUAGAACAGUUGGAUGGUGCGCAGCCUUCGGUGCGCGAGGUCCGAGUUCGAUCCUCCGUGUCAACACAUCCUUAUUUCAACUUCUUUCCUCUCUGUAUGUGUAGCUUUGCCUAGUCUUAAAUACCCUUAAAACGUAGCAUUAAUGGAGAGAGGAGGUAAAAGGAGUGGAAAUAUGGUCGCUUUACCUUGUUAUCUAUCUUUUUAUUAAGCCCUGAGGACGAGGUUGUAAAACAUGCCUCUAAAGGAAUUGUUAACACUCUUUAUUUUUUACAUAUUUGCAUUUACAAAGCAGUGUAUGAGGUCCCUCAAUGCCUAGAUACCUAUAAGGAGCUCAUUCACUUCAGAGCCCUCGCACCAGGGUUAAAUGUUAAUGGUAGGUCUAUACAAUCUUUCAAAAAAAGGAAGGUCGUCGCAUGUGUUACAAUUUACAAACAAACUAACUUCAGAAGAGCUGAACGUUACAGGAACAAGGCCUCUUUUACCCAACCAAUGAUACAUCAUUUAUGAAAAUAAAUGUAAUUUGUUUGAAUCAAUAAGGCGAAUACCCGUGGUUACGAGAUCUUACGAUCAUGAAUUCCUCAAGAGCAAUUCAGUUACCAACUUUUCACAUAAUGCUAUGGAAAAUUACGGAAAAUACCAAAUAGCAAGGGUCAACACUAAUUAUGACCUGGUCCCUUAUAAUAAAGGAGUGGUCAUGAUAAAGAAGCCAUCAGCCCCAACUUUGACCACUCAAAUAGAUUUCUGACAGAUUACCUACCACAAAACUUUACAUUCACUUAUGCCUAUAUUGCCACACCAGGAGCCUAGAAAUCGGCUUCUGGCCACACCUUGUUUUUAUUGCUCAAUAUCAUUCUAAUCAGCUUUACGAAAUAUUUUGUUAGUAGGGGUGUUUUGAAAAUGAUUGAAAUUUAGAGAUGGUGACAAAAACGAACACCACAAAGUCACAAAGCGAGACGCAUGAAACAACCGCAAUCUAAUAUUCGUGUUACACGGAUAUGGCUCCUUUGGCUGCUAUGAUGCAGACGUUAUUGAAGAUGGAAGUAGUAUCACAGCUGGUCCCGGGUUUGGUAUACCUGUUAUUACCAGUUUCACGGUUCCUGAGACUUAGGGCCUGUUAACAUGAAGGUGGGGGACCCCAGGUAGGUGAGGUAACAUGCUUAGGUGGGGUAAAAAAAACCCCUAGCUCCUUUACAUGCAAUCUUACAACCCCCCAUCCUGAGGUGCACUUUCUCAAGAUUAUGGAAUGGUCGCUAAGCACGUAAACAACAACAAUGCUGGCAAACCACGUGUUUUGGCGAUUAAUGCUCUUCUACACUCACUUGCUGCUCUUGCUGCAACCUUCAGCUUGUGGCUUUCUAUUGUUACCUUUAAUAAUGAAUUAUGUGAAGCCACAGCCAAGUGAAUUUUGCGCGAAUUUGAUGUAUCACGAAUCCGACCUCGAAUAGCCUGGGUUACCCCACCUUGAAACACUGACAUGACAAAAUUUGACCCCCAUGAAAAGCUGUGUCACCCCGUCUGGCAGACUGGGCUACCCACCUUAAAGGGUCACCCCACCUAUCAUGUAAACGUGAUCAAAUUAACAAAAGAGGUGAUAUGAACAGGCGGGUUACCUCGCCUACCUGGGGUCCCGUUCCUCCAUGUAAACAGGCCCUAAAAGGUAGCCCGGUACCCUUUGUACAGUUUCAGCAGUUAAACCAUUCACCAUUUAUCAUUUGAUUCACUAGGUAGAGUAAAUUGUUUUUCAACCUGUACAAUCUUGUACCACUUGAGUCUCACUUUUCACGACUUGAUAAGCUGUUAUUAUUUUUGGACAUGAGUGCAUCAGCGCCAAAUGUAGAGGCUUCAUGAUAAACUGUGCUGUUUUUGAAAAUUGGGCGAGCUUGUUUCCUUUUUUUCAUUUAUGAGACCAGAUUCCUUUUUGUUUGUUUUUGCUUUGUAAAGCUUAGACAAACUGCGGGAAUUGUAGAUGAUACGACUUGGGCCGCGAUACUUGCUUCUCUGUCAAAACAUGCACGUGCGUCCAGCAGAUAAAGAGAGACUGAAAGGCAUCCAGGCCUACGUUAAGCUCCAAAAAUUAAUUACCUCCUUAGGAAAGAACUAUUUUGGGUUCCGUCAUUUCGUUAUUUGCUCUUCAUGAACAGCUGUCAUAAAUCCCUGAUAAUGUGAUACAACAGACUCUUUAACAAUUUUUUUUUCUGAAAUUUUGUGUGUGAAUCGCUAUGCUAUACACUCUCUUUAGCUUAAAGGGACAUGUAAUGACAAGUAAUACUUGAUAAAUAAGGCUUAAGCCACACGAUAAGGCCUCCUCUAAUUGAAAUACAGUAGAAAAGGAGAUGAGAACCCCAGGAGCUGAGUACAUGCAUGUAUGAAGCAAAGACGAAGCCAUCUUAGAAAUGACUUAUGAAGAUGUGGGCGGACUGUGGAGUUGCUUUAAGGGCACAGUAAUAAUCGACUUAAUUAUACAAUCAAUAAGUUAACAAUGGAUGGGAAUGCCAGAUGUUUAAGUGAAUUGAAUUGUUGUUUAAUACAUGUGAAGAGCAUUCUGAGUGAUUUAAGGUAUUAAAUACCAAUUUUCAAUCAAAACACCACAAGGACCCCAGCAGGUGAAAUUUAAAAAAAAAUUAAAUCCUGAUUAGAACGCUUCAGUGGCAUAUUUGCAUUGGGCACCCCCUCUAAUAUUCAUGGUGCUGCAAUAAGCUAUCUCUGUGCAGAGUUUGGUGCUUUUGUCAACUCUGUAACAAUCCUGACCUUAAGACACCUGCCUAUAGAGGACGUUGGAAUGUUUGGGACUGGUGCGGUGCUUGUACUGGUCGGACGUGUGUUUAAGAGCUCUCCGAGCUAAGAUUAGAAUUUGCGUCUUUUCUUCUGCCAAUUAUGACCGGGAAUGAAAAGCUGAGGAAGGAAAAUCAAUCUUUACGAAAUGAGAUAGCUGAAUUGAAAGAAAAACUCCAGAAAAUUUCCGAAGAAUUUUCGUCAAAGAAAGCGGAGUUGACGAAGCCGGACGCCGAGAAGAAAAUGUCGUCAGAACGUGCUCAUUCGCCUGAAUUCGUCUCCAGUAAAUAUGACGACCUUGUCGCCUUCAAAGACGAAGCGGUGAAGCAAAUCAAACAACUGUUUACUAGAGUCGCUGAAAUCUCCAUUCUCUGCGACCGAAUUGCUAAAUCCAUCGACACUCUUGAAGCAUACAGUUACCAGUUUAAUGUUAAAAUUGUGGGUAUGCCAGCUACAACGCAAAAUGAAACCUCCGAUCAAACUGUAGCUCUCUGCCUUAGGCUGUUUGAAGCCCUUGGAGUUGAAGAUGUUUCGCUUAACGACAUCGAUAUUGCUCAUCGGAUACCGAGCCGUUCUGCCUCGAACAGGCCGAAUGCUAUCGUUUGCAAAUUUACUCGAAGACUGGCAAAGGGAAAAGUUAUGGCUGCGCGAAGGAGAUUGGAGAACCUCGAGGCGUCACAGUUAGGCUUCCCUGACGAUUUUGAUAUCAGUCAUAUUAACUUGUAUGAUCAUCUAACUCCUCGACUACAGGAGCUUCUCUUCGAGAGCAAGAAAAAUACAAGAACGCCAAUAACUUCAAAUUCUGUUGGGCGAAAAACGGAGCUGUCUGUCUGCGCAAAACGGAAACAUCAACAGUCAUAAAGCUAACAAGCCUCGACGAAUUAAAUGAACUGAGGGAGUCACGAUAAGCUAAGUACUUUGAGAUAUUAGAGUUGCAUUAAGCGGGGUAAUUCUGAAAACCUUUUUCGCUCUAUCGCUUAAAUUAGCUUAAAAUGAAGUUACGCCGUAGAAAUAAGGUCCAAGAAAAAGCUCAAACAUCAACACUCAAAGAGCUGCCUUACUUUACAUUUAGAGGCAAUCUAGCCCUCUUUCAUGGCCAAUUUAAUAAUUCGGUGUCCACUACUUCCCAGUGUAGGAGACAUCUAGAUAAAUUAUCCAGCUUAUUUGAUCUAGAUCUAUUUACUAAUCUUGACGGUCAAUUAAAUAAUAACAAUAACGAUCACAGACAAUGUCGAUAUUUAUCCCCGCAUAGUUUCAAAUUAUUUAAUAGAAAGCUAUCCAACAGUGAGGUUCAAUCUAGUUUUUCAGUUUUUCACAAUAAUGUUGUAAGCAUUAACCAAAAUUUGGAAAAUUUAACAAUACUACUGGAUGAACUCGAGUUUCAAUUUAACUUAAUUGGUGUCACAGAGACCAAAAUUACAAAUUCAAAUGAGAACGGGUCUUUUUCUUGCAUACCGGGAUAUGUUUUCGACUUUGUCCCAACACCUCUAGCAUCUGGAGGUGUUGGCCUUUUCAUUCACGAAUCACUAAAUUACACAGUUUUAGAAAAGAUCUCUAAUGAAGCUUUUCAAGCCCUUUGGAUUGAGAUAUUUUUUGCAAAUAACAAAAACAUUGUCUGUGGUAUAAUAUAUCGCCAACACAAUUCUCCGGAUCAGUUCAUGUCUUACUUCGAAGAAACCAUCGAAAAAUUGACAUCUCUUAAUAAAAAUGUAUUUAUCAUGGGCGAUUUCAACAUAGAUCUAUUGAAAUGCGAAACAUCUCAAAUUAGCCAUGACUUCUUAAUGUCCUUACAAAGUUGCUAUCUCAUUCCAACAGUUGAUAAGCCCACUCGAGUCCACAGGAACUCAGCUACGUUAAUUGAUAAUAUCUUCUUAAACAACCCUGACCAAAUACUUCUCAGCGGUAAUAUCAUCUCCGAUAUUAGCGAUCACUUCUCUCAAUUUUGCAUAAUCAAAGCAGCAAGAGAUAAAUAUAGAGGGUACACUACCAAGAUACGCGAUUUUUCUAAUUUUUCCGCAGACCAAUUCAAUAGGGAACUCUCUGAGGUUGACUGGGAAUGUAUCCUCGUAAAUCAUGCAACUGAUCCAGACAAAUUAUUUUCAACCUUUUAUAAGAAAUUUAAUAAGAUUGUAAACAAACAUGCUCCCAUUACAAAGUUAUCAAAGCGUAAAGCCAAACAGCUUUCUAAGCCUUGGAUUACUACUGGAUUAAAAGCGUCCAUUAUGGUUAAAAACAAAUUGUAUGUGUCCGGUGACGAAGACAAAUACAAAUAUUAUAGAAACAAAAUUUGUAGCCUGAUACGUCUAAGUAAAAAGAUAUACUAUCAGGAUUAUUUCGAACGCCACAAAACAAACAUGAAAAAGACACGGGAAGGAAUAAAUGACGUGUUGCAUCGCAGAAAGAAGACCAAAAUUAUAACUGCUAUUAAGGACCCGAAUAAGAGCAACAAAAUCGUAAAAGAACCUUCACAGGUCGCUAAUAUUCUUAAUGACCAUUUUUCGUCUGUAGGAAAUAGGCUAGCUAGCACAAUUCCAAAGCCACAACAACAUUAUCUUAAUUAUGUUAGUCAUUACAAAGCACCAUCUCCAUCUUUUCUAUUCUUACCGGUAACGUCCGACGAAGUGAAAUUUCAGAUACUCUCCAUACCAAACAACAAGUCUUAUGGUCUAUAUUCAUCUCCCAUAAAAUUAUUAAAGUGUGCAAGUAGUAUCAUAGCUCCUAUUCUUUCAGAAAUAUUAAAUAUCUCAGUGACACUAGGAAAAAUACCCCUGAAAACUUAAAUUGUCCAAAAUAACUCCAAUAUUCAAGAGUGGUGAAGAUAAUGAUGCGAAUAACUACAGGCCUAUAUCCUUAUUAUCUAACUUUAACAGAAUUUUUGAAAAGAUCAUGUACAACGGAAUGAAAGAUUACAUUGACAAACAUAACUUAUUGUAUUCCUCCCAGUACGGUUUUCGUAAAGGUCACUCGACUCAACAUGCAAUAUUAGACAUUGUAAACGCAAUACAAAUUAAUAUGAAUCAAGGCCUUUUCUCGUGCGGAGUCUUCAUAGACCUCAAGAAAGCUUUUGAUACUGUCGAUCAUAACAUUUUGCUUGACAAACUUAAUCACUAUGGUUUUCGUGGAAUAAUUAAUGAUUGGUUCUCCUCGUAUUUGAAUAAUCGGAUGCAAUCUACCCAAAUCGGACCAUACAUUUCAAACAAAGCCAACGUAAGUUAUGGCAUUCCCCAAGGAUCUGUGCUCGGCCCGUUGCUUUUUUUAUUGUAUGUUAAUGACAUACAUCAAUGCUGGAAUAAACUUAAGUUUUUUCUCUUCGCCGAUGAUACUAAUAUCCUUUAUGCCGAUAAAAACUUAAAGUCCCUAGAAAAUAUAGUAAAUAUCGAAUUACAAAACCUCCACGAAUGGUUAACAUCCAAUAAGUUAACUCUCAAUACUACAAAAACGAACUUUGUAAUCUUUCAUCCUUAUCAAAAAAAAGUCACUUACCAACCGAGCCUCUACAUGUUCGAUAACGAAAAAAAAUGGAAAUGUAACUCUAGAGUCCAAAAAUUAUAUUAAAUAUCUUGGUGUGUUGAUUGAUGAAAAUCUUACUUGGAAAUAUCACAUUGACGCCGUUACGGCAAAAAUCAGUAAAACCGUUGGACUAAUUUCAAAACUUCGGCACUCCAUACCCCGUCAUAUACUGUUAUAUAUUUACCAAACAUUAAUCCACCCUCACCUAAACUAUGGUCUUGCUGCCUGGGGUCAGGCAUCCAAGACGUCCCUCAAUAAAAUUUUAAUUCUCCAGAAGAAAGUGCUUCGCACGAUGUAUUUUACGGAUAUACGUGAACACGCAAUUCCUCUAUUUAUCGACGCUGACAUAUUACCAGUGUCAUUUAUGUAUUAUAAAACUGUGGCUAAUCUAAUGCACGAUAUUAACAACAACAAUUCGCCAACAAAUCUGCUCAAUUUAUUUGAAAAAACCUCAACAAUUCAUUCUUACUAUACAAGAUCAUCUAGUUCAGGUAACUUUCACGUCAAAAGCUCAAAGCUGGAAAUACACAAAAACUCCUUGUCUCGCUUUGGUGUAAAACUUUGGAAUGAGAUGCCUUGUCAUAUUAGAGAUCUUCCUAAAAAGAAAUUUAGGAAAGUACUUCACAGAUUGCUUUCGGAUAUCUUAAAAAGAGAAGAUGACUAUAUUGAGACGCCCUUAAUAGUUGAAAAAGUUCGAUUAAUAGUUUAGUGAUUUCUGUAUUAAAGUAUUUGUUUGUUUGCUUGUUCAGAUUUAAUGUAAUUAAAAUAAAACUGUGAUAGAAUAUUAUUUAUUGUAACUUCAAAUUGUAGUUUUUCUUUCCUUUUCCUUUCCUUUCUUUUCCUUUCAAUUUAUUUUUCUUUUAACUGGUCCGCCUAGAUUAGCAAUUGCUAUUUUGCGGGCCAGUCUAUUGUAACCAAUAGUCUUAUGAAAUAAAGUUGAAGUUGAAGUUGAAGUUGUUGAAGUUUUGUGAAUAAUGUGCGCGACAUUAGGCAAUGUACGGUUAUAUGUAAUAACACAAGGAGUGGUUUCAGUCUGUGUAUGAGGUUUGUCUUUAACUGCGUCAGCACGAGGAACGUCUAAGGCACGCUGUAUUUAAUCAAAUGGCAUGCUUCGUGAAAUAAGGGAACUGAAUUUCACUUGCGUUUUUAGAAUUUGGACAAAACGCGUCUGCGAAAUUAUUUCCAACAAAAUAUAGAAAGAUAAAACAUUCUUGCAAGGACCCCCUCCAAGGCCUGGAAAUGGCAAUUGGCCAAUGCGUAUUUAUACGUAACCUGAGAUCAAAUACAAUUUUCGUUUCGCUUUGUAAAUAACAUUCCGGCGGGCAAGGUGAAAGAAUAAGAGAGCCUGAUACAAAUCCUUCGAUCUACGAAACGUCUGCCUCCCACUUUUUUUUUUGUAAUUUAUUAAUUUUUAUUUGAAGUUUUCAUUUUACAGAGUACACUUAAAGUAAAAAGGAAAAACAAACAAACAAAACAAAACAAAAAGACAAAAAAAGAAAAAACUAUUACAGCAGACAAUAUCUAAGUUGAUAGAAAGUACCUAUCUUUAUAUUUAUGCACAAUAUUUAAUUGUUAAUUAGAUCAUAUUAUAUUGAUUAACUUUUUCCACUUACUAAAAUGUUUAUUUAAUGUGCCUCUUUUCCUGGCAAUGUAAAGUUCAAUGUUGUAAACACACCUAGUCCUAGCAAUGAACCCCUGAAGGGAAGGCGUACCCUUUUGACAUUUCUGUGAAUAAAUAUAGUACUUCCCAAGCAAUAAAAUAUGAUCAGCUAGAAGGAAAUCAUCUCCAACAUCAAAUUUUCCCGAAGAUUAUAUCCUCUUCUUUUGAAUUCUCAACAAUAAUGUUGUUGUCUCUUAGCCAGGACAAGACGUGUUUCCAAAAAUCAGAGGAUGUUUUAGAGGAAAAAAGUAAAUGCUCGAUGGAUUCGACCUCAGUUUGGCAGAAAACACAUUUAUCUGGUUCAGCCAUACCAAAACGAAAAAGUUUCUCAUUCGUGUAUACGAUACGGUUCAGUAUUUUGAACUGAAAUUCCUUAAGUUUUGUUUCUAAUGUUGUGCGGAAAGAUAAUAAGUAAACUCUUGUCCAGUCAAUAGUUAAAUGAUGAUACUUUGCGGAUAGCUUCUCUUUAGCGGUAGGUGUGGUUUGUUUUUUGGCCUAUAAAUGGGUGAUCUUGUUCCACUCUCGCACCUUUUAGAAUAUCCGAUACGUCUUUGAAGAAGAGAAAUUGUUCACUACACUUAUUUGGAGCGUAAAUGUUUAAAAGAAAGUAAGGCGAAUCCUGAAUACAAGCAUUUAGAAAAAUGUAGAGACCUUGAAAAUCUACCUUGGUAGAAUGUAUUUUGAAAUCUAAAUUAUCCUUUAUCAGUACCAGAACACCUCUGCUAUGAUUGCUGCCAUGCAAGAAGAACAUGUCACCUUUCCAUUGUUUUCUCCAGACAUUUUCAACAUCUCGAGUGCUGUAUGUUUCUUGCAGGACAUCGGAAUUUACAAGCCAACUAAAAACAGCUUUCCGCUUUUCAAAAGUGCGAAUCCUAUGAACAUUUAACGAUAAAAGAUUGAACUCGCUAUUACGCCCCAUAUUGCCAGAAUAAGUAGGAUCUAAUUUGGUCGGAAAAAUUUAUCAACACAUUGACAUCAAUCUGACACUCAAAGAAAUUCUUGACUGACAUGCUGCGAUAGCUUUGAAUAACAGAAAAUGAAAGGAAAAUAACCACGAAAACGAAAACAAAAACAAUAGAGUACAACCACUUAAUACUGAUACAAACACUUAAAAGAACAGUACGAUAACUAUCUCGAAUGCUGCGCUCUGGAAUGGAACUAAGUAAAGUUGUUUGAGGUUGCAUGUUUGCGUACGACAGCAAAAAGCCUAGUUGAGCUUUAGAGACAGUGAUUCGGAAAUAAAGUUUUAAAGUAAAUGUACUUAACGCCUACAACAGAUUACGAGGAAACUGUAUGCAAAUACAUGACUAUUUGAGAGCAGAGUGAAAGAAAAGCUCCGAUGAGAGUAUUACAUUUACAUGUACAUUUUUCUCUGGAUAUGUGUAGAGAGCGGUGCUCGUACCUAAACAAAAUCUGUCAAUGAAGCAUUUGCAGGGAUAAAUUUACCAUUGACAAUAACUUAUCCGGUUGCGCUUUGCUGAAAUAUACUGUACAGCCUUUGCCUCUGGCUUCCUUGAACUUUUUCAUCUGACUUUUUCUUAUUUCAUAAAGGUCUUUUGGUAUAUCGUCAAACACCGAAAAUUGUUUGUCCUCUUGACUCUUUAAGUCCUUGCGGGCUUAAUCCAUCACCAUUUCCUUGUCCGAAUAUCGUAAGAAACGUGCGAUAAUUGGGCGAGGUUUGUCACUGCUGUUGUUAGGCUUUCCCAUUCGAUGCACUUUUUGGAACUCGAUUCUACCACGAGGGUUUUCAAUACGAGACUUGUUUUCCAGGAAUUUGAACACUAAAUCUCUUGUAUCCUCGGGUGGGAAGUUAACUUCAGAAGCCGGCACUACUUCGUCAAUCCCAAAGAAUUUAACAUUUUCUCCCCUUGAAUAGGUUUCUAAAUACAAUAACUGCUUGCGAAGAUCAUUUAAUUCAAAUUUUGACUCCUGUGACUCUUUCUUUACGUCUGAAAUGUCGUUGUCUUUGAACUGGGUACUUUCUUUCAAUUCGGACUCUUUCUUUUCCACUCUGUUUGUUUUUUUGCUUCAGGUCUUGUACAUCUUCAUAUAAACGAGAUACUUUCUCCUCGAUACUAGCAAGACUGGCAGAAACCUCGCUAAGAUACGCUUCUAUCUUAUUGAGUUUUUCUAAUUUAUCCAGCACACGCUGCAGUUUCAGACUGACGUCCUCCGCCAUCUCCAGCGCUUCAAACACUUCGUCCGUUUCACUAUUUUUGCUUCUUUUCUCUUCACGUGACUGAUUAGAAGAUUGAGAUGCUGCACCAGAUCUGCCUUUCCUUUUGGAAGACAUUAGAGGCGUAUAAAGAUGAAAAAUUGCAAUCACUGCCUCCUGCUCAACACUACGCGACCUAUUCGUUCGCCAUGCUAGACCCAGUCCUUCCCCUCCAACUUUUUUGAUUUAUUGACAUUUGCUGAAUCAGCCAACCAAAAUUACUUCCGUUGCUUUUUUUUAGUUUGCAAAUGUUUCAUACGUGAGAAAACUGCAGACUUGCUGACUUAAAAAAUAGCUUUUACCUUUUAAUUUUGUCAACUAAAAGUAAAACAGUCAGCACAAUCACAUUUAACUUCUUACGAGAUUAAAGGAGAUCUCCAAGGUUAUUUCUGUUGGCGUAGAAGGUAAAAAGUUUUCGAAAAGACGUUGACACGAUGUUCUAGUUAAUAUUUUGUCUUGGCGUGCUCGAAUUUAAAAUACUGAAAUUCUAAUUUUCUGUUGCCUUUAUAUUUUCCUCGGCAAUUUUGCCCGAUUUUCAGUACAUAAAUCUUUAAAAAUCUUGGAGAAAUAAAUCGCGAACUUUUUCAAAGGAUAUAUAAAUUUUCUCAGAAAAAAACUAAACGAGUUCUCAAGUGCAUUUCAUUUAGCUGAUUUAGUCCCGUGAGUACACUUGUAAUUUGCGAAUUUACUAGAGAAACAAACGUCUAAAAUCCAGGUAAAUAUUAUCUGCCAAUUUGGUAAGACGAAACGACACUACUAAUAAUGCAUGCUCAACUGACCUGUAAACAAAACGAAAAACAAUAUUAUAAACACUUUGUAGUUCUCUUUAGUUGUGUUGCUGUUUUACUGCAGGUCUGAAACGCCCGCUAAAUUUGUUAAUCGAAAUUAACAAACAGCACACAGCCAGCGAGCGAGGACACCAGUUUUCCUGCUAUAUUUUUUACGAAAAGUGAAGGCAAACAACAGGUCUAUUAACUUAAGACUAGCGCCACUAGCUUACAAUAUUAAAUGCCUACAAAAAAUUCCUUGAACAGCGAUGUGAUAUUUUUCGUUUGAUACUUCGCAUUUGGCGAUUGAGUGAGCCUCCGCUUGCGUACCCCGUUCAGAGAAAUCAUUCCCAGCUAAACUUUCAAAUGAAACCAGUUCUAAGAUGUUCAGUAUUUUGAUUUGCACUCGUUUGUUGGUAAAUCAAAAGGCACAUUCUACGCAUUGUUAGCGGUCAACAACUUGCAGAGAGAGUCAACUCUGCGAUACACUCACAUUAGUUCCGUAAAUUAAGCAAAUUCUGAGAAGAUAUGAACAACCAUCUGAAUUUUUUAAAUUUCCAUGGCACAUAUUAAGGCAUAUUUUCCUACUAUAAAACCAUAAAACGAUAAAAAAGACUGCAAAAUCGAUCCUUCUCUCCGCCGACGACUGAUCAUUUGCGAAAACAACCACGCGAGGAAUAAGCGCUUUCAACUUCCGUUGAUUCCAACAGCCAAUCAGAUCUUGUGACAUUGUUCUAACAGCCAAUCAGUGUUGCGGCCAAAAUCUGGCCGCAGUGAGCAUAAACUUGCGACAGUUGUGUAUCAGGCCCAAUUUUAGCGGUAGCCGUUAGAGAGAAUGUAUGAGAACCACUAAAAUUGGCCCUGAUCCCAGGUUAAUACUUACGAUACGGAGUGAUUGCGCAAUACUAUUUCUUAAGUGGUGAGCUGGUACCUUGUACAUACUGUAUUUCGCGAGUGAUUAAUUUUGCCUUUUUAAAGCAUGCCAGAAGAAUGAUGUUCUAUUGCUUUUCUUAAUGCCUGGUGCAAGGAAGUUGUAACAUCAGUGUAAGUGAACACUAGUUUCAGAACUUCAUGGGCUAUGAAGGUGACUCAAACAUUUGUUAAAAAGGUGAAAAUGUAUUCCAUCCAAAAUCAGUCACUGAAGCAGGCCAGCCUCCUCCUCAGGCGCUUCGUUUUUUGCAAGGUAGAGGCGAGCGAGAGAGAGACGUCUGGGUACAAGGCAGAAAGCAGGCUGUGUUAGAUUGGAGAUGAGCGGUUUUCUAUCUUUGUCAUGGUACUAAAUAGCCAUGGAAUUUAAGCAGACCAUUACACUAAGUUCCAAAGGGGAACGGGAGUCUGUGGACGAGUAGUCAGCGGUAAACUCCAGAAGAAUACAAAAUGGCCUAUAAAGCUAACACUCUACAUACCUCUCUGAGUAAAGUUAUAGAGGGAAGCGUGUGUCGUGAAUACCGAAGGGCCGUUCUUCACGAUAUCACAGUUUUAAAGCAAAACAGGGUUUAUUUCACAGCUUCCAUCCUCACAGUACAAUGGCUCGCUCACACACUACACAAAGUCGUGACUUUCUUGAAUCUAUAAGCUUUAGUUUUUAAUGCGAUCUGUCAUCAAGUUCUCUGUCGCUCUGACAGACGAGUGAAACUAUUAAUAACAAAAUCAAAGGAAUAAUAAAAUCACGCCAUCUCACAAUCACGCUACACUCUUGCUUCAUAACCCUCUACCCCUGUUCAUCGCGAAUAGUGAUGAACAAUUCGAUUUUUCUAAUCAUAGUUGCAAUGUCUCUAAUAGAAAUGUUCAAAGAUCAGUAGUCAUCAUCAGUAAGUUCGGCAGCGUCUUUUAUCCUGGCACGUGCUGCCACAGCAGCGUCUCUUGACGGCAUAGCUGUUGUCCUGUAACAGGACAGCUCCAUUGGAUAAAGGUGUUGGACAGGUCUCUCCAGAUAAGAUCUUCCCGCUCGCAGUUUAGCCCCUCUGACAACUCUGUCUCGUCCAGUAAUCAGCUCUUCGACUAUUCCUAGCUUCCACAAUCCACGAUUCUUUUCUUCGCCUUUAAUGAUGACAACAUCUCCCUUAGCUAGGGCCACCUUACUUCCUUUGUGCUUUAAAUUGUGCCGCUCACGCAAGCCUCGUAGGUAUUCUGAAGACCACCUCCCCCAUAGUACGUCUUUACAUUUCUUCAGGUACCGUGCACGCUUUCUCAGGUCUUGGUUCUCCAACUGAUGGCUCUGUGUUUCAGGCAAUAGAUUCGGGCGGCCAAACUGCAACAGGUUGGGGGUCAAUAUGGGUAAUUCAACAUAGCUCAGCGGGAGGUUAUUCAUGGUAACUUCAACGUCCAGAAGAACAUCCUGUAGCUCACCCCAGGUAAGCAUACCGUUUCCCACUGUCUUGUUAAAGGCUCUUUUGACAAGACCAACCAUCCUCUCAAAUUGACCUCCCCACCAGGGUGCUCUGGACAGGUUGAACUGCCACUUGACGUCGACUUUGGCUAGGAAGUUAUGCGGGCGCUCAUCUUUCAUUACGUUUCUCAGCCACUUCGCUGCUGCCACGAACGAUUUACCGUUAUCGGAAUAGAUUUUCUCUGGACGGCCCUUUCUGGCGAUCAGGCGCUUAAGGGUGCUGAUGAACUCGUUAGUCUCCAAGGUUUUGGUAAGCUCUAGGUAAAGUGAUCGUGUCAGGCUACAGGCGUACAGGACAAUAUAGGCUUUCCCUUUUCUGUUUUUGCUUGUGCGGUACUUGAUGGGACCGGCGUAGUCAACACCAACUACUUGAAAAGGUGAAUUUCCUUCAGUGCGGUCACGAGGUAAAUUUCCUUGAGGUGGAUUGGCGAACGCAGCGAUCUGAAACCGUUUGCAUCCGUAACAUUGCUUGAUUACUCGUUUAACAAGCUUGCGCAACCUUGGUAUCCAAUGAGACUCUCGCACUUUGGCCAUGGUUAGUCCUACUCACCCAUAAAGAGUAAUCUCAUGAGCGUGUUGUACGAACUUCAGGGUGUAGAGAGCACUAUCAGGGAGAUAGACGGGAUAGUUUCCCUGGAUUCUUCCACGGCACUCGAGAACCUCCUUUCGGUUUGGCUGCAGGUUAAGUCUUAAGUGGUCUUCCUGGAAUUGAUCAGAUCCCUUCCACUGUUUUUGAGUCUUCUUCUCCCAGAACAACCUCUGCGUGUUAAUUUCCUCGGUAGUCAAUGGACCUUUGAUUCUCUGAUUUCUUGGGGAUUUGUUGCCCAGGAAUCGUGCGACCCACGCCCCCACUCUCAAUGUGCGCCAAAGGGAUGAUCUUAGUAACAGUUCGUCCAUAACAUCGUUGCUUUCUACUGCUAAGACAAAAAUCUGCUUGGAGGCUUUCGCUUCUGCGUUAGAUUCUGGGCUUGCAACCGUUAUGAUGUCCGGCGGCCAGCUGUCUUGUUCUUUCAACCAUGUCGGACCAUUCCACCACAACGAGUUAUCUUCCUUCACUAGUCCUCCUCUACUUGCUAAGUCUGAAGGGUUUUCUUGGCUCGGUACAUGCCUCCAUGUGAUUUCAGUUUUCUCUCUGAUCUUGCGGACGCGGUUGCUGACAAACUGCUUAUAUUCCCCGGAGCCCCUUAUCCAGUGUAGGGCGACACUACUGUCUAGCCAUGCGUACAAGGACUUAACUGGAAACCCGAUCAGCGCAUCUCGUACAUUAGUUAGCAAGUUAGCCACCACAUGACCAGCUACUAACUCAAGUCUGGGGAUUGUGAGACCUUCUUUGGCGAGGCGUGCCUUCGCUGCGACGAGUCCAUGCGUCACCACUGAAUGUUGCUGGACCACUGCAUAAACAGCUGCUGCUAAUCCCUGUACACUUGCAUCGCCAAAGGCAUGAAGAGUAAUUUCACGGAUUUCUUCUCCCGCUACAGCUAAGGACCUGGGCACUUCAACUUGAUCAGGCAGGUUAUUUUCUCACUUGCUCCACUUCUUUGCGAUUUGUAAUGGAAUCUCUUCGUCCCACGCGGUCUUUUCCUUGCAUAUAUCGCGAUAAACAAUCUUUCCUUGUAGGAUUACGGGCGCAGCAAGACCGAUGGGGUCGUAGAUCUUCGCAAUUUUGCACAGCACACCUCUUUUGGUAGGGUCAGCAAUCUCUGUAGGGAAGGUUACAGCUAUUUUGUCAUCUUCUUUAUUCCAUCGCAAUCCCAGAAGGCCACACGCGCCUGGUUUCUCUCCUGGCUGUUCUUUAGCGCAAGUAAGCUCAACUUCACUGUCAGUUGCUUCGGUUAAUUCUAGCUCUCUAGCGUUUGAGCUCCAUUUGUGUAAAGUGAAGGUGGCCUUUGCAAAUAUUUCUGUUGCAGUCUUCUUAAGCCUUUUCAACUGUAGGACCGCCUGUCAGUAAGUCAUCCACGUACAAUCCCCUCUCAAUCUCUGGUACUGUCUCAGGAUAAUCCGGCUUACAAAUUUCGAGGUGAUGCUGAAUGACGCCCCCAAGAAGAAAGGGUGAUGGGCCCAGACCAAACAAGGCACGCGUAAAACGCAGCGUACGUACUUUCCCGGGAUUCUCUCUGUCAAUCCAAUGAAAUCUCAAGGCGUCUCUGUCUUCUUCACGGAUGCGCACUUGAAGGAACGCCUUUCUAAUGUCUCCUGCUAUUGCUACUGCAUGAAAUCUUCCGCGGACCAGCACUCUCCAAAUCUGGUUUUGUAAGGGCGGUCCUGUCUCUAGACACUCGUUAAGGGAAGGAGCUGUAUCCUUGGCUCUAGCAGAGGCAUCGUAAACAAUACGCAUCUUCGUGGUUGCUGCAUUCUCUCUAAUUACAGCCUUAUGGGGAAUGUAAAAUUCUUUUCCUUUAGCGGGAAUUUCUGCUUCCUCUACAACCCCCUCUUCAAGCUGCUCACGGAUUAUGGCACCAUGCUCUUCUAACUUGCCGUUCGUUUAAGUCGAUGUAAAAGGGUUGCAAGGCGUUUGAGGCUACCCAACUUAUUGUCUGGCAAGGGGGGAUGGUUUUCUUUCCAUGGGAGAGCUGUUUCGUACCACCCCUCUGGACUGCGUUUUAGUUGUUCAAGGAACUCCUGGUGCACGACUCUCUGGUCACCAAUGGGCGUGUCUUCCAACCCAAGGACAUCCAAGCGGCACAAUUCUUCAUAGUCAGCGGCUGAUGUCUGUGUGAGGAACAUGUUUUCAAUAUCCACCCCUGCACCAGAAGACAUUAUUGUCCGGCCGAACCUGGUUUCUUCAGCAAUGGGCUCUCCAAUUUCUCCUACACGUUGAUAACCAGCCAUCUUGAUUUUGGUGUACUCAUUAGCGCCAAGUAUAACAUGGAUGGGGAGAAUUUUUUUAGUGUCAGUUUCUUACAUUUGCACUCCCUUAAGAUGUGAAUAACGUUUCACCAUUUCUGGAUAGUUAGGGUUCUCUAGCGAUAAAAGUUCUCGUUGUUCAAUCUUCGUAGCGCAGACUGGCAGCGUAAACCUUCCUUGAGUGUCACUGAUGUUAACAUCAUAAGUCUCAAUGUGCUUGGUAACCAGGCCCAUGAUCGUCUUGAUACCGCGCGUAAGGUUCCGAGCAGGUUUAGCUUUCAAAAGAUCCACCAACAAAGCUGAAAUGUAGGUUCCGGUAGCGCCAGUAUCGAGCAAUGCGCGGCAUUUGACUCUGUUAACUUUAACAACGACGACUGGAUGGCAAACUUUCUCCUCCACGUGUGCGGCUGUCAUUGCUGUCCCCUCACUUGAUAGUUGGCUAUUUUGGUCGCAGAUUGAGGUGUGGUGCCUCUGCUUGCAAUUCGAGCAGUUUCCUCUGCUCCGACAAUUGGUUGCUCUUUGCGGCCCAGUACAAUUGAAGCACAGCCUUUUCUCCUGCAGAUAUUUCCUACGAUCUUCAACGCUAGUAAUGGCGGUACAAUCUUUAGCUUUGUGCGAUACUUCACGGCAGUAAACACAACCACGUGUCGCAUUUCCGUUGCGUUCCUCCACAUGAAAUUUUCUUAAGGUAUCGCGUGACUUCACAUUUUCUCGGGGAUGGAUUUCCUUCCAUUCACGAAGCGCGUUAAGCAAGUGCGUGAAAUUCCACGACUGCCAUUCUGGGUGACCCUGUACUAAUUCAGCUUUAAUUCCAGGCAAUUUAUUCAAAAUACCACGCACCAAUGCCACGCAUUCGGAGGUUUUUCCUAAUGUUUUGAGCGACUGAACAUUGUAGAGCAAAGCUUCAUAGAAGUCGUGUACUUUGGCCGGUUGAGUUCCGGAAAUGAAUGGAAGCGCAAGAAUGUUUUCAAUAUAUGCGUUCACGAUCUCGCUCAUCUUCCGAUAAUUACUCUUCAAAAUACUAUUUGCGCGUUCACAUCCUUCUGUAGUGAAGGGAAGGCCAUCUAUUCCUUUACGAACGCGUGGCUCUACUAGCUCCUUGAGAUAGGCAAAUUUCGUGACUGCUGGUAAAUCGGUGCUAUCAAUUUCUGCUUCAAAUUUGUUCCAAAACGACAACCAAUUUUCAAGAGCCCCAUUGUAUUUGGUAAUCACGAGCUUUGGUAAUUUCACGCUAUGUUUAUGCGGCAAAUUUCUCGUUGAGUUUUGGGCUUUGGAAAAUUCUGCCUUUUGUUCCAGCUGAUGCCGCUCAAACUUUAGCUGCUCCUCACGUUCUCGAGCUAAAUGAUAUUCCUUGGUUUCCCGUUUUUCGUUUUCAGAACCUGUGAUUAUUUCUUUGAGACGAGCCUCUAAGAAUUUAAUGUCAUUGUCCACAAUGUCAAUCUUACCUUCGGUUUCCUCUCCCCACUCUUUUACUUCGUCCACAGUUUCUCCCUUUUCCAGUUUUUCUUGCUCUAUAUCCCUCUUUAACUCCUCAACACCAGCUACUAUAGUCUGCAAGGCUUCUUUGUGUCGACGAAUCUUUUCCAAGUUAUCGCUAACAGCAACAUCCUUAGUUUCUCCUCUGGUUAGGUCAAGCAACUGUAGCUUUGCGCUAAGCUUGGCCUCCAUCUUCUAUAUUCUAUUUUUCUCAGUGUCCCGUCGGAGGUGCCACUUUGUCGUGAAUGCCGAAGGGCCGUUAUUCACGAUAUCACAGUUUUAAAGCAAAACAGGGUUUAUUUCUCAGCUUCGAUCCUCACAGUACAAUGGCUCGCUCACACACUACACAAAAUCGUGGCUUUCUUGAAUCUAUAAGCUUUAGUUUUUAAUGCGAUCUGUCAUCAAGUUCUCUGUCGCUCUGACAGACGAGUGAAACUAUUAAUAACAAAAUCAAAGGAAUAAUAAAAUCACGCCAUCUCACAAUCACGCUACACUCUUGCUUCAUAACAGCGUGAAAACAGCAUCUAUACGUACCGCUCGUUGAAAUGUGAGGUGAUAGAAAACUUCUUGAUCUUCUCCCUUGAAUAAAUAGAGUAUAUAUACUGAAGUGUGACGUCAUAUAAAAUGAAAUUUCUGAAAUUAUGGGAUUUGUCAAGCUAUUCUGAAAGAACAAUGUCCAAGAGGCCUAUUUGCCAAAAAUGAGCAUUUCGGGGCAAAUUGUCUCUGAGAUCGUAGUCCAGUUAUGCUUAGAAAACUCCAUACAAACCCUUCUAAAUUUUUUUGGGUCGACCCAAAAAAAAUUAGAAAGGUUUGUUUGGCGUUUUCUGAGUAUAACCGGCUAACAUAUCAGAGACAAUUAGCCCUGAAAUGAUCAUUUUUGGUAAGUAGGCCUCUUGGACAUUGUUCUUUCAGAAUAUCCUGACAAAUCCCAUAAUUUCAGAAAUUUUAUUUUUAUGACGUCAUCACUAGUACUCUAUUACCUUUGACGAAGUCGAUACAAAGGGACUCAGAUUUACCAAGGUGCAACAAGCCAUGUAAAUGCAGCAAACAAGUUUGUCUGAUGUCUAAUGCAGACAUAAAUGGCGUAAUUGCCCUUAAAAGUGGAUCCGGUGGAGAUGAGCGAGGAGAAACGUCAACCGUCAAACGUCAUGAGGUUUUGAGCCUUGUGCAAGGGGUGAGUCGUGCAAUUUUCAGCCACCCUUAGGGGGUGAAUCAUCCUAAUUUAUAACAUAGAUAGGCAGGUAUUUUAGUCUUGAUACUAAUGGAACAGCGGAGCACGCUUGUCAUAUAAACACAGCAAGUUGGAAUGAUAAAAAUACUCCCAAACCUGUUGUGUCCUUUUUAAAAUGCAAUUUUAACAAAAUGUACGAUUCUUGUUUUUUACAUUUCAUUGGUGUUUAAAAUUCUGGUACCUUAGUGUGGUUACCUAUGUUGUUACAUAAUUAUAUUCUAUAAAGGAAGCAAACAAAGAAACUAGAGGUCCUAUUUCUUCUCAUAAAAAUAGGUAUCAGUAAUAAGCAAAAAUAUUAGGGUGAUCUUAACAAACGUAUUCAAAAUAUCAGAAACUUUGAAACAGCAGUAACAGUGAUGUACCAUUAAACGUACUCGCCAAACACAGUUGUUAAUAUUAUUGAAUUCCUUAUGAAGCGAGGCAACAGGCUAGGGUUUUGUGAUUUUGUCAUGCACAGAACAAGGUAUUAUUAGAUUAUUAAGAGGAAACCAAAAAUCCACGUUUUAAUACUAGGGGGUGGGUCAUGUAAUUUCCAACCUUGCUUUAGGUGUAGCUCAGUCAUUUUUGUGCCGGAGGGAGGGGGUGGGCCAUGUGUUCUUUAUCAACCACAUUUCCAAAUGUUCCGGCCCAACCCCCCCAUACUUUUACGUUUUUGCCAGUCCCUAAAAUGCUGUAAAUUAUGCCAAGCAUACCUUUAGGCGAAGUCAGUUGACGCUUAGUUUCACGCAACUUUAUAGCUUUGGUUUGUCGAAGAAGUUACCUAAUGACUGUAUUCACCAGACUGAUAAGUGAGGUCACUUGACCUGUCACGUCACCAUAAUUGAACGUUAAGGCGCAAGAAGACCUCAAGAUUUAGUUUUGGGGAAAAUUUCACCUUGUUCUAGAUAUCCUAGCGUGAUAUAUUACCAAUCAAUCAUAUACUCCGAAUACACCUUUGCCCUUUAGGCCUUAAAUCCCUUGAACUUGAAGUGGUUGUACUGAAUAACAAUACUGUAUUGUGUUCUUUUUUUAGAGAAAACGGAUGCAACUAUGCAAAGAUACCAGAAAGAAAUUAUCCGAAAGCACUUUGGGAGACUCGUAGAAGAUAUGGAACCAAACCCAGUGGUGAGGUAUUUGUUUGAAAAGGGCAUCGUCAGUAAAGAGGAUAUGGAAGUCAUACGUUCAAAGGACACAAGUGAUGAACAGAAUGACGCUUUACUACUUAUACUGAUGAGAAAAGGCCCGGAUGCUUUCAAAAGGCUUAUUGAAGCACUGCAGAGAAAUAAAUCUUCUUUAGCUGACAUACUUUUAGACGAAGGUAAUAAGUCUAUUAAAUAUGACGAAUCUCUCAAAUUAGAAACGCAUUGAGAGAUAGGGUGACCUGUGAUAGGUGUAUCAAUUAAGAAACUGAAGACACGUUUUUAUAAGUGUACAAGGACUCAAAUCGGUUUGAGAAUUGUCAAAGAGAGAUUAGCCGAGCCAACAGAAGGCUAGGGUUCGCUUUUGGGUUGUAAUUUCUUUCGUCUCAGUAGAAAAACUGUCAAAUACAGUUCAAAAUUUGCAUCGCUUGUGUAUUGAAGGGGAAACUGCAGACGUGCCUAAGAACGGGAGGGUAAUUACUGCUGGACAAACUCAAACUGGUCAAAAACACAUGAGGAUGACUGAGUUCCAAUGCCACUACUAUACCAGAUAGCUUUUUGAUCCGACAUAAAAACCUUUCCGUUAAUUAUAGAACAAACCGCAACGGCACAGAACUAAAACAGGUCGUGCACACACAUCAAACAUCGUACCGCCAGAGCGCUUACUUCCGUCUUAGUGGGUUCCAUUUUUUGUUAUAUAAUGCUUAUUAAUAAUUUUUCUUCCACUAAGGUCUAUUACCUGUUCACAUUGCGACGAAGAGUGACAGAAACCUAUUUGAUAUGCGACGAUCUCCUUUCAAUAUCGGUCCGGCACAGCUUUGCUCUGUUAAUGAAAUGGCGACGAAAUCACAGUUUUAACGUGUGAAAAGAAGCCGUAUCCAGGAUGGUUUUCGUGUGUCGGAGUAAGAGCUAUCCGGUAUAGUGUGAAAAAAAAGCCUAAUAAAUGAUAGAAUCCGUAUGUAAUUUUCCCCGGCAGAAAGAAAAGAGCUGUUGAAAAAGACGCAGGACAUAAAUUUGAAUAGUCCAAGCACUAGUCAUGUGAAGAGCACUUCUGCAUCAGAAUUUGGAGAAGAAACUGGCUUUCAAGGUAAGAAACACCAACGAUUCUAUUUCAUGUAAAUUCUUUCCGGGUUUUGUCUCUCACGUAUUUAAGCUAGAUCACUUUCGCAGCGAAAGUGCACUGGUACUUAUUUUUGAACGUAUUUAGAGUCUUUCUACGGCUGGACAAACAUCCUAGCAGAAGCUCUUAGGACAAUCGGGCGUCAUUGGUUAAUUUUUCCCGAAAAAAAAAAUUUUGUAACCUCACACGCAAAAGUUGGUGGAAAUUGCACGGUUCUUAUAAAAGGUCGAUAACUUAAGAGAAAUGAGCAAGGGUUAACGGGUUGUGACGAAAUUUGAAAUAAAUAAUUGAUUUAUUUUCAGGAACAAUUGCUAGUCGAACCGAUCAGAUUAGUAUGGAUGACAAACACCGGAACAUUUUGCGUCGUACCCGCCUCACACUAAGAAAGGACCUUGAACCUAUAAAGCUAUUACCUUAUUUGGUAGAUGUGUUGGACCACACAGACGAGGAAGAAAUUAAAGCGAGCUCAAAUGAAAAACGAGUCUCUGGAGUUGAUAAGCUCUUGGAGAUUCUACCCAGGAAAGGACAGAAGGCGUUUGACAUAUUUAAGAAAGCUUUGCAAAAAGUACAGCCACAUUUAGUUGUUCAUUUAGGUGAGCGAUUUGAUAUAAUUAUUUCCUGUCACAUGGCUCUUAUUCGAUUUAUUAAAAUUACAGCGCGUUACAUAAAAAGAAUGCACGAAUACCCCUUACAAUAUAAAAUGGCUAACAACUGAAUUGAAGUGUAAUAUACUUAAAAAAUUGACGAACAUUGUGGAAAUUGGCUUUGACAAGUACACGUUGAGAUAACGAGAUUACAAGUUGAACAAGAUGCCUGUCAUACGCGUACAUUGGGCUGCGCGAUGCAGAUGACUAAUAUUAUUGCUGAGUGUAUGCAUUGUGCAGUCAACUGCCUUUAUAGUGGACACUGAAGAAACCUUGAGUUAGUGUCCUAAUUAACGAGCGUCCUUAAUAGCGAGAGUUAAUUUCAGUCAAACGUCUCUAAUUUGUUUUUGCUGCUCUGCGUAUUUGUGGGGUGUCCGUUAGGCGAGAGUUGACUGUAGUCUGUUGUUACUCCAGUAUCCUGAGAAAUACAUUCAAAGAGAUAAAGGUGUUUUUUAGUUCAAUCUUAAUGUUACUUGGUCCGAAAACGGUUCUCUUUCUAAAUUAGGUUUUGAGCCAGAGCUCGUAGCUUCGACAUUUACGAGCUUCCGUAUCUGUAUCUGAAAUUUGGUAGCUGCACAAAAAUUGUCUGCAUAAUUAUUUUUUAAAGUUUGGUUAAAAAUAUUAAUAAUUAUUUUAAAAACAGACUUUUGAAAUUCUCUUUUUUUAAGGUACAUGAUUUUAAAUUUAAGCUGGUAAGGAAAGCUGAGGGGUCGUACAAACGCAGCCAACAAAUCCCGACUUCUAAACUACCAGUGAAUUUUUCAUAGUCUUUUCGGUCCUCGGAAUUGAAUGUAAAAUCCAUGUGUCGUCUUUCUUAUAUUUUUCAAACCUUGGUUAAAGUAUAAAAUGUGAACGAUCAGAUAAAGUCGGGCAACGUUAAUUUGAAAAAAACCCAACAUCUGUGACAAGAAAAUGCGAACACCCGGAUAAACAUGACCAUAUUUGAACUAGUAUAGCUCAAGCCUUCUUAUCUGCUGCGGUCACUUUCGUAUAUAUUUCUCCGCAUCCGAAUGAUGAGUUCGACAUCAGAGAAAGAGAGAGGAUUAGGCUGUGUUCAGCGCGAACUGUGAAUUUAAGGAAGUUGCCUAAAUAUUAUCUCCUUAACGUCUUCUGGGUGAACUGUCCGCCAUUCUGUCCUUUUUGGUCGGGGACUACUUGCCACUUAAAGCUAGAUUGGGCACAGGGAGCAUAGUAAAAGGUUCAUAGAGGUUCUGGCAAAGAAGAUGAAAGAAUCGAGGCCCCUUUGUCACUAAAGGAACCACGGACCUGGAACUGGGCGAGGAACGCGAUAUGUGAGCAUACUAGGUGGUUCGGGUUCAUGAAAUAUAGUGGAACCUCGAUUUAACGAAGUGCCAAAGGGACCGGGCAAAUUUGUUCGUUAUAUCGAACAGCUCCAUUUAACGAAUUUCCGGGAGAAGUACCAAAGUGUUCAUUAUAUCGAGGUAUAGUUAAUAAUUAAUUAACAAAACCCAGCAUUUUCGGAUCUGAAAAAUUACUGCAAUAACAUUUCAGUACUUAGCUUUUCAUAGCUACGGCACUAGAAACUCAAGAACAGGCAGACGAAACUGCUUAAAACUCUUGUACACAAAUUUUACAAUUGUUGGUCUGUUUGCCAUUCAUCUUUAUCACAGCUGACACUUAUUCGUGAUAUCGAGGUACAUUUUACGUUUGCGCUUGUGGAUUGGGUUCGUUAUAACGCGGAUUUGGUUAAAUCGAGGCUCUGUUCGAUACAUUUUGUUGUAGUUUUGGGCGGGCUGAAGAAAGUCGUUUGUUAUACCGAGGAUUUCAUUAUACCGGUUAUAUAGAGAUUCGCUUAAUCGAGGUUCCACUGUAGCUUGAAACGCAUGUAAAUUGUCAUAUUGCCACUGAUUUAAGAAAGUGAACAUGGUCAAAAAGGUGGUGCUGCUUGAUAACGUCUAAAACAAGAGACGUGAAGAAAAGAGUGAACGUAAGCAAAGAAUCGUCUUACAGCCGCAUUUGUACCAAGUGUGAUUCGUAAAGCAAGUGCUGAAUUACACUUUUCUAAGAUUUUGAGAAUUCAAUAUCUUGCUUGCAAAAUGUAGAAAAGUCUCCAUCUUGCUGGCAAUAGCCAAAUUAGACCUAACAGACAGUAAAGAUUAAACUCAUUUUGGGGGCUAAACUAAGGGUCUUUUUUAUUCACAGUGCAGAUGACAUUGUUUUAUCCCAUCAAUCCUUACGCCCAUUUUGAUCCUAACCGCCAUUGUCAUAAGUUUUAAGAGGAUUUUUAUCAACGUUUGCAUUUUAUGGUUUAAUACACAGAAAUGGAAGAAAUGAAGACACAACUGAACCAAGAAAAAGGACAGUCGGCAGACGAAAGAGAGGAGAAUCAAAAACUAAAAAUGGAA